AUGGAAGCUUAAUAAUUUAAAAUGAGUGAAUGUAAAGUUAUGGAUUCAAAAAAAAUGCCUUUAUGGCUAUCAGUAAUUCCCCAAUGUAUAGAAGAAGAUGAGGAUUUAUAGAUUUCUCAACCUUAAAAGAUUGUGAAAGCAAGUGAAGAAGGUGUUGCAUAAAUUAACAUUAUGCCUGAUGAUGUUAAAUAAAAAGAACACGCAAAUGAUUAAUAAAAUAAUGAUUCAAAAUAAUCAACACUAUUAAAAAUAAUGUUUAAAACAGGGGACGAUAUAAGGUAAGAUAUGUUGACGUUACAGUUAAUUAAAAUUAUGGAUAAAAUUUGGUUAGAUGCAGGUUUAGAUUUUAGGAUGAAACCUUAUAAAACUAUUUCAACAUAAGACAAUGUUGGUAUGAUAGAAGUUGUCACUAAUAGUUUAACAAUUGAAAAAAUUCAUGGAGAUGCAGGUGUGAUGGGUGCAUUUUAAUAGAAAACUAUAUGGAAUCAUUUAAAAACAAAAAAUACUGAACCUUAAUCUUUUGAAACAGCAACUGAUAAUUUUUUACGUUCUUGUGCUGGUUAUUGUGUUGCAACUUAUGUAUUAGGAAUUGGAGAUCGACAUUCAGGUAACAUAAUGAUUACUGAUACAGGCCAUUUAUUUCAUAUUGAUUUUGGUCAUUUUUUAGGUAAUUUUAAAUAAAAAUUUGGAAUAAAGAGAGAAAGAACUAAAUUUGUUUUGACAGAAGAAGUAAAAUAUAUAUAUGAUUAUAGAUGGCUUUUGUAAUGGGAGGAAGAGAUGGAGAUCUUUUCAAAAAGUUUCAGCAAGAUUGUACGAAUGCAUACAAUUUAGUUAGAAAACAUGGACAUUUUUUAAUAAAUAUCUUUUUAAUGAAUCUUUCUGCAGGAAUGCCAGAGUUAUAAUAGGCAUCAAAUGUUAAAUAUAUUGAAGAUUAAUUGGCUUUGAAUAUUUCAGAUUAAGAAGCAACUGCUAAAUUUAAAUAAGAGAUUAUUAUCUCUUUAAAUGAUACUUGGAGAUAGAUUGAUAAUUGGUUUCACUAUAUUAAAAGAAGAGGUGGAUGA